AGGAAAGGAAAUGCAGAUUUUGGAAUCAUUUUUCCGUGUAGCUGAACAUCCUUCAACACAUAAGAAGCCCUGCCCUCCACCAUCACACCUCGCGCUGCCAUUGGAUAAAACACCGCGCAGUGCACAGACAUAAGAGCUGAAGACAAGAGACUCGUCGUCCGUGUGGACUGUGCAGGAACUGGUUGGGCAUUCCAUAUAUCUCCAUAUAUCUCGGGAAGCAUUAUGGGUGGGCAGUUGUCUAUUGACCAGAACGUCCAUGUGGUUGUCGUCGGAGGUGGUUUCGGUGGUGUCGCAGCUGCUCAACACCUCAAGCAUCAUGGUGUGCCAUUUAUGCUUAUCGACAUCCUUGAUGCCUUUCAUCACAACGUUGCAGCUCUACGUGCCUCGGUUCAAAGUGGUUUUGCCAAACAGACUUUUAUACCAUAUAAAGAAACUUUUGGGUUAAAUUUCCUCCAAGGACGUGUUAUGCGGAUAGAUACGGAAACGCAGACACUUGUGCUCGACAAUGGAAAGGAAGUACGUUAUUCACACCUCCUUCUGUGUACUGGUACAAGUGGACCUUUCCCAGGCAAACACAAUUCUGUGGACACCUACCAGUCAGCUAUUCAGAAAUAUGAGGAUUUUGGGAACGAGAUCCAGGCAGCCAACACGAUCCUGGUUGUUGGCGGUGGAACCACUGGUGUUGAAAUGGCUGCAGAGGUCAAGACAGAAUUUCCGAAGAAGAAGGUGAUUCUGAUUCACCCGCGCGAUGACUUGGCUGAUCCUGAGCUGCUCCCUAGUGUAAAAGAACAGGCCAAGCAGGUGCUGCUGGAAAAGGGGGUGGAGCUAUUGCUGGGCCAUAAAGUGUCAAAUCUGGACGAGCUGGAAUUCAACAAGUGUCGGAGUGGCAUGGUGGUCAAGACCAAUAAGAACGAGCAGGUCACAGCUGACUUGGUCAUCUGCUGCACUGGAAAUAAGAUCAACUCCGAAGCAUACUGCUCCAGUCUGAGUGCGUCGGUAGCAGAGAACGGAGCUUUGAAGGUGAACAAGCACCUACAAGUGGACGGCUUUGACAAUGUGUACGCUGUAGGUGACUGUGCCAAUAUCAGUGAGCCCAAGAUGGCAUAUCACGCUGGACUUCAUGCUGCAGUUGCUGCCACCAAUAUUACAAACAGUCUGUCUGGAAAAGCAUUGACUUCAUACCACCCAGGAAAUGUGAGUAUGCUGGUUGCUAUGGGAAGAGAUGCUGGAGUUGGCCAGUUUAAUGGCUAUAAACUACCUCGCUUUAUGGUUGUUAAGGGUAAAAGCCAGGGCCUGAUGCUGUGGAAGAGCUGGAAAGAAAUGGGUCAAAAAGCCCCUAAUUAAUAGAAGGUUAACAAUCAAUGUUUACAUUGCUAAAUGUCUUUAAUAAGCUCUGACAUGGUUCCUCAUUAUGUCUGUUGAAGAAAUAUUUUGAAGAAAUACUGUUUUUUUUUUUAAGAGAAAUUAUUUUUACAUUUAACAUUGUCUUAAGAAUAAAACGCUGCGCAAUGUAUUGAAACCAGUAGAAAGACGCCUUAUAUUCUCAGUAUAAAUGUAUGUUAACGUUCAUAGAUAUUGGUGCAAAUAUUUUAUGUGUUUUAAAAACUUUAUGUAUUUAUACGUGUUAAAGAAAUAAAUCUAUUU